AAAUGGCUGCUUGAGCUCAUGAGCUGCCUAGAGAGUCAGUGAGCAGUGGUUACUGAAGUCACUAAAUGUGUGUCCUGCCUGUAGUGCAGUGAUUUUUGAUGGGAUUAUUUCUGUCCUGUGAUCAUGGUUGUUUUCAUCUAUUUUAUUCCUGCCUGGAGGAUUGUUUCAGCUCUUGGUAAGAGCUGUCUGCAGUGCUCUUAACCUCAGCUCCUCAAUGGUGCAACAUUUUAGCUGCAGACUUGGGUUUCUGUGUCUGUGGCUGUUCCUGUUUCAUCACUUCUGCUUUUUAUCAGUGUACUUGCUCACACCACAGCCAUCUACUGCGAUACCGCCCAAAUACAUCUCUUGCUUCUUCUGCUUUCAUGAGAAAACAGAUGUACGCUGCUAGGCUCUGUCAGUCCAAGAAGGUUUGAUGCUGCACACCAGAGCCUUGUGUCAGGCUGCUGCUGUCUUCUUUUUGCCAUUUUGGAAAGUUACAUCUCUUCUUGCUAACCUGAGGCCCCCCUGGAGAAGCCCAUUGCCUGGUGGUACCUCCAUGAAAGGUGUGUAAAUCAACCGAUCAUCACUGAAGCAUCACUUUAAUCAUACUUACUUGACAACCAUUGUAUGCCAGCUUGUAUUAACACCAGACCGAGGUGCUCCUGAUCAACCAGAUCUUUCGGGAAUUUUUUAAAAAGAAACUUUGGUGGGUAAAAGAUGUGCCAUGGAAUGGUAGCACCAAAGAGCAACACAGGAUCGUCUCUUGCCUCGACUAGCCAUGGGUUAUUUCUUCUGCUAGUUAUCUUUGGUACCUUUAUCGUGGAAGCACAGGCCACAGGUUGGCUCAGCAAAUCCAAAGGACCUGCAUAUUGUCCCCAGCCACCGCAGCCUGAGAAUGGAGGCUAUAAAUGCCACCCUAGCCCCUGCAACAACCCCCUGACUUCAGGCAGUGUCAUAGAGUAUCUGUGCGUCGAAGGCUACAUGCUGAAAGGAGAUUAUAAGUACUUGACCUGCAAGAAUGGAGAGUGGAACCCAGCCAUGGAAGUCAGCUGCAGGCUCAGCCCGGAAAAGGACUCGCCUCCAACAAUUGGAGUACCCACGCUAUCCAUCGUAGCCUCCACAGCAAGUUCUGUUGCCCUGAUUCUGCUCCUGGUUGUGCUGUUUGUUUUGCUGCAGCCAAAACUGAAGUCGUUCCAUCACAGCAGGCGAGACCAAGGUGUGUCUGGAGAUCAGGUCUCUAUCAUGGUGGAUGGUGUCCAAGUGGCCUUGCCAUCCUAUGAAGAAGCGGUGUAUGGCAGCACAGGGAACUGCAUUCCACCCUCGGACUCCCGCGUGCAGAUCGUGCUCUCAGAGGGAGCUGGGCAGAAUGGAGCCAGAGAGAUGCAGCAGCAGGACCAAGGGGCCCGCAAUAGCUUUGAAAGAGAAGAUGAAGCCCCUGGACAUUCUGGACUGUGUGAAGCCAGUGGCUCUCAGCGCUCUGAAACUGUUCUUGUGCAUCAGGCUGCUACCUCUUCCUGGGUAGCUGGCAUGGCUAGCAGUAGACCUGUACACAAAGAGGUCCAAGAUUCAGAAAGCAGUGACAUACAGAGCCUUCUAUCACUCACUUCCUCCGAGGAAUACACAGAUGAUAUUCCCUUACUGAAGGAAGCAUGAGGCUUGCUGUGUUUGUCUAGCCCUCUCCCUCUUGGAUUUCUUCCUCCUCCCCUCUCCCUGCCUUCAGGACAGAAAGCACUCUGUGCAGCCUUCCCCGUCCUUGCAAGCUGUGCCCUGGAUACCUCCAAGCAGAGACGCCCUCAGCUGAAGAUCCAAAGGAUGUCGCCAGGUUGCCUCCUGGAUGCACCAGUGGAGUUGGUGCAGCGCUGGCUUCCCCAUUCCAUCAGCAUCGGGGGCUCAAGGAACAGAGUGGAUUUGAGCUCUCCUCUCCUCCUCCCCAGCCAGAUGUUUGACAGCAGUCUCUGAAGAGCUGCUCUUUUCUCGUGCCUUUCUCCUCCUCACACCGGCUUGUUGCAGUUUAUCAGCCUCUCUAGCCCUUCUGCUGCCCAGAGAGCAGGGGCUAAAACCGCUUGCUCACUGGGUGCAGACACAGUUUAUAUAUACCUAUAUAUGUUACAUAGGCUCUUCUUCCGGCACCCUCUUUGUGAUAGGGCAGGACAAAAUGCCUCCCUGGGACUGAAGCUGGGCUUGGGAGGGAUCCCAGUUAAGGGGCAGCUUGCAAUGUCUAGAAGCGCCUCGGAUGAGCUGGGCUGUGUGACAACGUAGCUGUGCAAUAACAGUUCAUUGAGAAUUUCUAGAGCGCUGAAGUCUGAGAAGUCCAGUGUGUAGGAACGCCCUCUGCCCCUUCUCAAAAACCAUCUCUGCAGGAGUUCAUACCUGAAAAUCACUCUUGUCUCCUCCUUCCUUCUCUACCUGUGCAGCCCAAUUGAUUAUACUGUGUUUCUAGGAACUGGGACUGGGACUGUGCUGCCAAUAAAACAACCCUUUCAGCUUUGGUCUGGUGCCAGAGCAUCUCCUGGCGUUAGGUUGUAGAAGAGCCUUAGAGAAUGGCCAGUGGUUAGCGGAGUCCAGAAAGCUCGGAGGAUGUGAUUUUCAGUUAACCAACCCUGCGUUAAUUAUGAGUUAGCCCCAUUCACUGAGGCAUCAGGACUGGAACCAAAUUUGUGGCCCUGCUCUUCUGAAGAAGUUGUGUGUCUCAGAGCUUUUCCAGUUGAGGUGGUUCUGUACUAAAUCUUAGGUUCUUUUGGUCAGAUUUCAGGCAGAGGAAAUGCUUUUGAGAUGUAAUCUUGAAGUGGUUCAGGUGUUUGAAAAUGUCAAGGGGAAAAACACCCGUGGGUAGCGAAUGCCUAGUGCCAUUGGUACAAUCCCAAAUUACCUUUCCAGCCACACUAGGUACAGCGGCCGUUGAAUCCUGGGUGGCUGCCAUCUCAGAGGCUAGUGUGUCUUCCUAGCUUCAGACAGCGAGAGUCUGCUGGUUUAUCCUCAUGGGCUUGGGUGGGCCCACAGAGAAGGGCUGCUUCCUUGUGGCUGCGGGUAAGCUGCAUUUAUAGUCUCCCCUAAAUACAAUGCAGUUGUCUGUUGCUGUGAGGGAAGGUUGGCUACAUUGGCAGCAGUGUCAGAGGACACAUAGCUUAUUCCUGAACCUAGGUUUCGAAGAUUGUUUCAAGUUCUGGUAGCAAGGAGAAGAAAAUCAAAAAAUACAUGUACCUCUGCCCUCCCCCCCCUCCCCCAGUUAUCUACAGCAGGUCGGAAUAUCCUGGUUGCUGUCUUUUUGCAGGAAGCCACAUUUGUCUGAGGUAGGUGAUCCAGUCACAAAAGCAUUGUGGUGGUUAUAGGGUUCUUCACUGGGGAGCUCCGGGCACUGUUCUGCAGGGCUGGUUUCAGCAAGAAAAGUUGGCUUCUUAGAUGCAUGUACCUUGCUUGCCAUAACUGUCUUGAAGUAACCAGGGAAGUGUUUGCCCCGUGAGAAGCUGCUAAAUCUUUAUUUGAGUUGAAGGAGCAAAAUGUCAUGGCCUUACACAUCAUGUGGUAAUGUACAGGUAAAUAGGGAUGCCGUCUUUGCUGCUUUGCUUUUGGUUUGUGAUCCUCGCCAUCCUCAUCCUUGUUGCUCCAGGAACAUACCGUCACAGCAUGUGGUAGAAGUAAUGCAACACCUUUAUAUAUAAAAUCAAUGUGGCUUAGCUCCAGCUCCUGGAAAUGGGGUUUGGCCAUAGUAUCCAGCCAUGUACCCGCUGCUCCUGUUCCUGAUGAGCUGUUAAAUCCCAGGACACCUGGGACAGCGCGUGCCUGUGGAUGGAGGAAUCCUAUUUUCCCUAUCCUUGUUUUAGAGGGAUGUUGUUAAUUUAAAAAUACAGUAUUUUAAAAUUCCUUCCCUAUUGCUCAUGUUACCUUGCAUUUAACACCAGGCUUUGAUAAAUCCUGUCCUGGUUUGGAUAUUAUUUUGUUCAGUUUGGUGAAAAUCCCACAUUGUUUUACAGCGGGCUGUGGUGUCUCAGCUUCAAGCACUGGAGAGGGCAAAUGUUGUUUAUCCAUCUGCUAUUGGAAUUUUAGAAAAUAAGCGUGGGGACGUUUGCAUUUAAUUUUUAGCUCCUACCUUGGAAAUGGUCUAAGCUUGAGCAAAUUGUCUCAUUCACUGGUUUAUCAGGGCAGAUGGAGAGAUUGAGUGAGUGUAGCGGUAAGGGAGUGUGGAGGGAAGAACGGGUGCGUUCUCUCCUGCUGCCUAACCAACUCUGAGCAGGGUGAGCGGCUCUUUAUGCAUUUAAGGUCCUGUCUACUCAAACUGACCCCUCAUCAGUCGUGGUGUAGAAGUCAGGUACGUGCUGCUUUCCUGCAAGGGACAGUCCUUUAACUCAGUGUUAGGAGCAGCUUGGUGGGAGAAUCUCUGAACAAAGCUGGAAGCUGAUCCCAAGGCCUGGCCUUGCCCUGGAUGAGCGCCUGCUCUGUAAGCACGUACCCUGCCUCCUCUCUCUGCCAUUGUAAAGCAAGCAACUGCCAGUUUGGGAGAGAAAAUUCAAUUUGGGUGGGGAAGAGAAGGAAGCAGGCUGCACAGAAGAGGGAGUGCUUUAAUUUUGCUUAAUUUAUAGAAAUUGUGGGAAAUGUCUUUACUAAGGAGUGAGGGAAAUGCGGAGGUGGAGGGAAAUAUGCAAGCAUAGAUCUCGUGAUCAGGCAUAAACAGGCAGCUUCUGUUGGCUUGCUGAGGGUAAAGCAGCAGCUCCCAGGCCAGUCUCUGCUGUGCUGGCUGGUAGCCCCAGCUGAUGCCCCCAGCGCUUGCAGAAGAGCCCCAGGGACCUGUGCAAGCCAGAACAUGGGAGACCGUCUGGGGGCAUCACAUUCCUCUUGCCCACGGCCUCAGCUCUAGAGUUUAUUUUCAUAUAAAAUGAGGUAGAAUGUCUGGGGAGGAGCCUGAGCGAUGGCUGCCUGACAGUUUUUCAAGGGGGAGGGGGGGAGCAAGGCCUCACUUAUUAUCAAGUGAUUGUUACUCAUUUGUGUUUGUUUUAAUUUGGCGGAGGCUGAAGGAUUGGGAAAACUUUUAAGCAGAGAUUUAGGAAAACCUAAAUUGCACAGUCCUGUCUUUACUUACGGGAGCAAGGACUGAGGCUUAAAGAUCCCUCAGUCGUGACGUCUGCUGUGUCUCAGGAGCGUUCAUUACCUCUGAGCACAGAGUGUGACCUCUUUGGCUGUUGCCAUAGGUAGAUGCAGCCUGGAUCUCAGCGUGGUGGAUGGGGAGCAGGGAGGCUCAGCCUUGCAAGCUGUAACACAGUAAAUGAUUUUUUUUUCUUUUUUUUUUUCUUUUUCUUUUUUCUGAUGGGAUCACAGCCUCCUUACCUUUUUUUCCCCACUUGUCUGGCAAAAGAAUUCAAAGGGAAGCAUUUUUCCCUCAUUUAACACUCCCAAUAUAAUCAUCUAAUGCUCUAUCAUACGUGCUGGCUCCUGUGAUAUUCAAGAACAUUAAAAUGAUUUAAUUACAUUGGAAAAAUAAAAAUCACACUUAUUUUAAAGGUUUCUGUUAUUUUUGGAGUCUGACGGGUUAAAAAAAGGGCAUUUCAGAAAUUCAGAAUAUUAUGUGCAAUAGAAAAGCCUCCCUGCUCCCUCUCAGUUGCAUAGUUUUUAAAAAAAAAAAUAAAAAUAAAAUGCAACCUACUGCAGUGUUUCCAGCCCAAGUGUUGCAGAACUGAACCAGCCUGAGAGAACCAGAAAGUGAAGCUGACAGUGUCCCGUGGGGAAGCGGGGCAGUCUCCGGGCAGGCUCUGCAUCACGAAGCUCAGCUGGAAGGGUGAGCCAGCUUGGGUGGCGUCAGAGCCUCCUGCCGCCUUGAAGGGGGGUCGGCAGCAUUGGUGAGAGGUGGUUUUGUGUGUUCUGGCUUUAAAUAGCUUGCAUCUCUCCGUCAUUAGCUGCAGAAGAGGCAAAAAAUGAAGUCAGGAGGAAAGACGUGCUGCAGCGCGUGAGCCUGUGGAGUCGUUGCUGAGGUCAGACUUCACGGGUUUGGGAGGGAGAGGAGCUUAAUGCAUUUUUAUCCUUUUUUUAACCACCAGAGAACUUGCCGUGCGGAGGAUGCUUACUCAGCAGGCAUGCUGCUUGUUCACCCCUUGGACAUCUCCCCUGAGGUUUCUCCUUCAGCUCCGUUGUGGUGAAUUGUUUAAUGCGUCUGGAGGGUUUAUUUGGCCUUUUCAGCGUGUGGACAAGUCAGGUGUGUGAGGAGGAAACCUGUUCCACGUGUGCUGGGAGGAAGCAUCCGAAGGUCCUCCCAGAGGUAGAUGACUUGGGUCAAUACUGAGGAGCUGGGGCUAAGAGAGCAACAGGCUCAGCCAUUGGGAAUAAUCUGGGAUGGUUAAGUCAUUUGCAGCACAGAAAGGGGAGCACAGGGAGUGGGGUAGGGAAGAGCUGUGGCUGGAAACAGAGGUAUGCUGCAGGCUAAUGAGCUAAUGCAUUCAUGACUGAGUUGUAAGGAAGCUUGUGCUUUGUUUAGAAGAUUUAGCAGACACCAGCAGGCUUGCUGUAUAAAAAAAUACUAACAUACAACUGGUUGGAGAUUUCCUUGCUGACCUUUUUAGAAUAUGUUUGCAAAACUUGGUUUUACUGUUCUGAUAGCAGUUGUUUAAAAAAAAAAAAAAAAAUCUGCCUUAUUACUCUAUCCAGAUAACUAAUUAAAUCAAUUUCACUUUCUGGUUUCUGUAUA